AUUUUUUUAACGCUGCCAAUUGAUGGGUUUUCCAUGGAAAACGACCAAAAUUCAGAUCGGCCUAUCGUAAAAGAAGAACAUUUCAAAAUGACGCGCCAUCUAGCUAGCUUAUACUCAUCAAUCGAAGUCAGUAGCCAGUUGUGUAUCAGUUCUCAACGAGUCAACAUCGCAUGGAAAAUACCUCUUCGUCUCUUAAAAACGACUUAGAAAUUUUUUUGAAGAAAAAAAAAAUCAAACACAUUUUUUUUUCUCAAUCCAAAAAUCGUCACUUUUUACAUUUCCAAAUUGAAAUCGUACUUUCUUCUUAGUACCGAUCAAUCGAAACUUCGAGUUCAUCCACAAACGCUACAAGGAAUUCUUGUCUUAAUUAAAAUUUUUUGAUUUAAGCGACAUACAACCAAACAAAAACAAAAUGAGUGCAACAGAAAACAGUGAAUUCGCCGUUCCAGAAGUCGUUGCUGAAAACGAAAAGGAAGAAUCAAAGGAAAUUAAAGCCACAAAACGGCCGGCAGAAGAAAAACCAACAGAAGCCAAGAAGGCUAAGAAAGAUGAAAAUGGUACUGCCCCCGAAGCUGAAGAUGCCGGCGAUGAAGAGGCUGACGAUGAAGAAAUUGAAGGCGAAGAUGAGGAAUACGGAGAUGAAGGAGACAUUCCGUAUGGUGAAGACGACGACCUCGAAGGUGAAGACGAUGAGGACGAUUUGGAAGGAGAGGGUGAAGAUGGUGAUGAAGAUGACGAAGAUGCGUGAAGAGAUUCAUGGACAGCGUAAUUAUAAUUCUUUAAUAAGCUACACACAACAAAAAAAGUUUUAAAAAAAAUCCACAAAAAAAUGAACAACAAACAACAACAACAACAACCACAAAAACACAUAACCAACAAUUUUUUUUUUGUUAAAUUAAAUAAAUGAGAACUAAAAAGUAAACAAAUGGAAAAAAGAGUAAAACAAAUUUAAAUUUAAAUAAAUAAUGAGAGUAAACAAAAUAAAUAAAAAAAUAAACAAAAUACUUACACAAGAUGAAGUAAUAAACGAACAUUUCAGCCCCGAAUCAUCUGAUUUUAUUAAGGAAAUUUGCAUCCCAACAAAACAAACAAAAAUCCAAAUAAUUGUAUGUAUGAUUUGCUAAAUAUUUCAUUGUAUUUCAAAGACAUUUCAAGAAAGAAAAAAAACAACCCAGAAACAAAAAUCUAUACAACACACAAAAAUCAAUGUAAAAUCCAAUCAAUCAAUAGAUAUUACACAAAAAAAAUUAGAAGAAGAAAUAGAGAAAAAAAAACGAAAGAAAUAAACUUGAUUUAGAUUUGCAGUGACUGACCGAGGAAAAAAAAACACAAAGAAAAAUUAUGGAUAAAUAUUAUACAGAUAAAAAACAGUAAAUAAAAUGAAAUGAAAAAAACAAAAAAAACACACACACAUUAUGGACCUCAUUUUUUGUAUCAGUCUCUCUCUCUCUUUUUUCAUUAAAAGAAUAUGAUUUUUUAUUUAAUUUGGUGCAUUUAUAUAAAGUGAAACGGAGUUUCGCUUUGGAAUUCACGGUGCGCAUGACGAAAUGUCCAAUUGUAAAUUGUUAUAUUGAUAAUGGUUUUGAAAAUGCAAUCACAAAAUUUGUCAUUCAGAACGUAAAAUUGACCGAAAACAAAGAACAAAAACAAAUGGAAAUGCCAACGCAAAAAAGCAAAAACUAUGAAUUUCAUCAUCGACAAUAAACCAAUCACACACACACACACACACACACACACAUUUGAAUCAGGGCAAAACAGGAAUAAUAUCCGAUGGUCGGUUGUCAAAAGCCAAACAUACCAUGAACACACACAUCAAAAUUUGUGCGGUUUCAUUGCGGUAAACGAAUUCCAUAAAUAGCUAAAAACUAUUUUUGCAUCUGGGCUAUUUUUACAUGAUGAAACAGAUUUGCCCUUUAUUUUAGUCAAUUUUUACAUUCGCAUCGAGUACACAUCGAUUUCCUCUCAUUUUAUUUAUCAUGUGUUUUAUAUUUCCAUUAAUUUUUCCUGUUCGCUUUUCAUUCGAAUAGUUUCUAAGUGAAUGCCCAUCGCUAGGUAACAAUAUUGUUGAUUCACUGUCACACGUAUUUUUAUAGGCAGUCAUCAAGCCUGAAUUUUCUAACAUGUAAGCUCAUACAAACAAAAUGAAAAACCACAUACACUUCGAUUCUCUGUCCAACAUUUCAAAGCAACUAGUGUUAUAGAAAAAAUGACGAUGAUGAAGAAAGAAAGAAAAACACACAUCUAUUUAAACAAUUUUCCAUGUAAUUUUUUCUUUCUUUCUCUGCGCACGCGUUGCCGCAUGUAGAAUGUGUUUUUUUGUGUAAUUUAUUGUCAAUUAUACUGUAAUAAAAUUUCAAGACAAAAACACAUAAUUUAUUAGCUGUAUUUGAUGAUGAUGAAUUUUGAUCGAAUGAGUAGUAUGAUAUGGGACUUUUUUUUCUUUCUUAGAGUUUUUUUUUGCGAAUGCGAUUUUGAGAUGAAAAAAAAACAAACAAAACAAAAUUGAGAAAAUUACUAUUUUAAUUUUGAUUUUUCCUUAUUUUAAAUGGAUAAUUUUACUUUUAUAAUGUAAAUUGAAAUAAAGAAAUUGUCAAAAUAUGCAA